UGAAAUGUAUGUGAAAGCUCACCAUAAUGUCAGUAUAUUGUAUGCUGAUGUUGUAAAUUAUUCUCAACUUACUGUUUCUUUACCUCCAACAAAACUUGUUGAAACUCUGAAUGAACUCUUUGGAAGAUUUGAUGAAGCAUCAGAGGAAAGAAAUGUUCUAAGGAUCAAGUUUUUGGGUGAUUGCUACUACUGCGUAGCAGGCGUACCUCAGUCAAAUCCUCUCCAUGCCAAAAGUUGUGUUGAUCUGGGACUAGAUAUGAUUGCCAUCAUCAAAGAUGUCAGGGAAUCUUGCGAUUUGCGGCAUGGCUUGGAUAUGAGAAUCGGCAUCCACUCAGGAAGUAUAUUAAGUGGAUUAGUGGGAAUUAGCAAAUGGCAGUAUGAUAUUUGGUCUCGUGACGUGAUCAUCGCAAACCAUAUGGAACAAACGGGUCAACCUGGUAAAGUGCAUGUUACUAAACAAACUCUUGACCUUCUGGAAAAUAAAUAUAACUACAAGCCUGCAGAUGGAGCUACUAGAAGUGCGCUUCUCCAAAAGAAUAAUAUUGAGACAUUUUUUAUUAUACCAGCUCAUCAGAAUCUUUCAGAAGAAGCUGCAAACGGAGUUCGCCUUUUCAAUCCAAAACAGAGCGCGAGUACAAAAAAAACACAUGCAGCAAUUAAGGCGGGCCGUCGUUCCUCGCCGGAGGUAAUGGCUGUCUCCAGAAGAAGAACGGCAUUUAUGGACAAUCAUCUGCACCAGUACCAGGAAACAUUAAGGAAAGCAGAAAAUCAUAUGGAAAAAUCCAUAGAAAGAAUGCAUCUCGGAAUUUACGAUCGUUGGACGUGCCGGGAAGAUAUUAACCCUUUCUGCCUUACUUUUGAGGUUUUGAGUUGGGAACUGCCCUUCAUUCAACAGCCGGAUCCUCUUUUCAAAUAUUAUAUUGCCUGUUCACUCGGGGUACUGAUUUUCAUGUUCCUCAUCCAAGGUAUUGGGAUUCCAAGUUAUCACUGGAUAGCAUGGACAGGGUUUGGAGUAGCUCUGACGAUUUUACUUUUUUGCAUCCCCUUGACGUGGACAUAUUUUCUAUGGAAUAAAUUUUGGGAUCCUCAUGGUGAUGAGGACGAUACUCCAGAACCCAAGAACUGCAUAGUGAAGUUUCUUUACGAUCUGUCAUUUAAUGCAUCAUCAAACGCUAUUUUUCGAACUUGCUUGUACAUUAUUGUUUCCGCAGUGUUAUCUGGGACUACUCUUCUCGAAUUGGUUGAUUGCAGGAAAAGUGCUUCCACUCAACAUGAAUGCUUAGCUUCAUGGGCGAUCAUUGGUAUAGAU